CUCUCCUCUACAACACUCGUAUAAAGUUUAGGGGCUGUGUAGGACUUUCUUCAUCUCUGCUUGGAUCCUCCUCCCAUGGGAAACUUCCAUUACUACCUUUGCCUCAUAUCUUUCAUUCUUCUCACCAUCAAACUCUUAACUCAGAGAAAGAGAAACUUACCACCGAGUCCCUUUUCUCUACCAAUUAUAGGCCACCUUCACCAUCUCAAACUUCCGCUCUACAAGUCAUGGGCAACCUUGUUACCAAAGUAUGGACCCAUUUUAUAUCUCAGAGUAGGUUCCAGGCGUAUCCUUGUCGUCUCUUCUCCUUCUGACGUUGAGGAAUGCUUCGGCAAGAAUGAUAUAAUCUUUGCAAACCGGCCUCAGACUAUGGCUGGGGAUAUUUUAAUGUACGACCACCGUUCUUACGUGUGGGCUCCUUACGGACCUCUUUGGCGGAGCCUCCGCCGGCUCAGCGUUGUUGAAAUCCUCUCAUCGAUCAACGUUCAAAAGCUCACUUCCAUACGAGAAGAAGAAGUUGGCAACUUCGUUCGUCGAUUGUUUGAAGCUUCAGCGGCUUACGGCAGCACCGGAAAAGUGGACAUGAGAUACUUGUUCAGCCUUCUGACAAUGAAUUUCUCGUUGAAGCUGGUGUCGGGAAAGCGUGGUGAGGAGGUCGACAAGGAAGCAGAAAGGAUGUUCGUCCAAGAAUUCAAGAGUUUAUUUUUUGUGGGCGUCGGAACCAACGUAUGUGAUUUCUUCCCAAUUCUCAAGUGGAUUGGUUUCCAAGGGAUUGAAAAGAGAUUGAAAGAAUUACAUAGGAGGAGAGAUGAAUUCCUACAGAAAUUAGUUGAUGGAACUAGAUUAAACACAGCUCGUGACGUUGCCGUGGGAAAGGAAGAGGGAAAGAAUCCUUCACUCAUUGAAAAGCUUCUGUCUUUUCAAGAAAAAGAUCCCGGUUUCUUUUCCGAUGAACUCAUCAAGGCCACGGCAUUGAUGGUGUUCAUUGCAGGAACUGAAUCGACAAUAUUCACACUGGAAUGGGCAAUGUCACUCCUAUUGAAUCAUCCAGAGGCCUUGGAGAAAGUGAGAGCAGAGAUGGUUAGCAAUGUUGGAAAUGAGCGUCUUCUAAAUGACUCUGAUCUUGCCAACCUCCCUUAUCUGGGUUGCGUCGUAGAUGAGGUACUCAGGUUAUAUCCACCAGCACCGCUUCUGUUGCCUCAUUACUCAUCCCAAGAUUGCACGGUGGGCGGAUAUGAGAUACCUAAAGGCACACUGCUGAUGGUCAAUGCUUGGGCCAUCCACAGGGAUCCUACCAUAUGGGACGAGCCAGCCAAGUUCAAGCCUGAGAGGUUCCAGGGGAGUUUCCAAGAGAAAGAAGGAUCCAAAUAUCUUCCAUUUGGACUUGGGAGGAGAGCCUGCCCAGGCGCUGCCAUGGGCUUGAGGAUGAUUUUGUUGGCACUUGGUACAGCUAUACAAUGCUUUGAAUGGGAAAAGGUAGGGUCAGACAAGGUGGACAUGACCCCAGGUAAAGGACAAUUUUUGUUGAAGGCUAUACCAUUGGAGGCUCUGUGCUCCCCAAGGCCUCAUUUGAUCAAAAUUCUUUCUCAAUCUCAAACUUCCAACUAAUUUGAGAUUUUAACUAUAAGUGCCAUAAGAAUUAGACUUAGAUAAGGUGAUAAUUGUGCAAGACAUUUUGCUGUACAAUAGUUGAUGUUUUAGGGCUACCCA